AGAAUAAUAUGCUUUAGUUCUGGGUACAGACUGCAGAGACAGAGAGAGUUAUAGGCAGAGACUGUCCCACCCUCCUGCUUGUGUCCCCCUCCUCUUCACAUCUCUACAAUGAUCCCCUGGCUCCUAUAUGCUGCAGCACAGCUCUCAGAGGCUGUGUAGUGACAGGUACAGCAGGGUGUAGAGCGCAGCUGCCCAUACACAGAGAAGUCUGCAUGGAACAAUAGUGCCUUCCACAGACUCAGCGCAGCAUCAGCAUCAGCUCUGGAGCAAGGGCUGCCUGCCUUUUCAUCUUUGCUAGGGCUCCUGUUACUAGGAUUCUGGAAUAACAAUAAAACUGCCACAGCUCCAUUUUUAUCUCUAUAAUUUACAACUCAACUUCUAAAACCACAUGCUAAGUUUAGCAGACAUGGAGAAAACCUACUCUCUCACAGCCCACUAUGAUGAAUUCCAAGAAGUCAGGUAUGUGAGCAAAUUCAACAGUAGUAGUACACUUUCCAAUGGAUUUAACAUUCAGGUGAACUCCAAAAAGCAGUCUAAAGGAAUCCCACGGUGGAGCCGCAGAGAGACCUGUCUGCUUUCAGGGCUGGUCUUUGCAGCAGGUCUGUGUGUCAUUUUGGGGUGUAUGCUGGUGUUAAAAUAUCUCUCUAUGGAACAAGAUGGUCAGUGUUUAGAAGAAUGCCAAGAGAGAAAAGCUUUCUUGAGAGCUUCCAAAUUUAUCAGCAGCAACAUAGAUUCAACAAUACCGCCAUGCAAUGACUUCUACUCAUUUGCUUGUGGGGGUUGGCUUAGAAGGCAUAGAAUACCAGAGGACAAGUUAAUCUAUGGCACCAUUGCAGCUAUAGGAGAACAGAAUGAAGAAAAGCUGCAACACCUUCUCCUGCAGCCUGUGCGAAGAAAGCACAGAGGAUCUUCUGAAAAGAAAGUGAAAGAAUUCUUUCGAUCUUGUCUCAACAUGAAGGAGAUUGACCGUUUGGGGAUCCACCCAAUGCUACAGGUCUUGGAGGACUGUGGAGGAUGGGAUUUUCCAGAUCAGGCCAAAAGCAAGUGGGACUUUAAUGAGCUGCUUUAUAAGACACAGGGAGUAUACAGCACUGCAGUCUUCUUCUCAUUGACAGUCAACCUAGAUGAUAAAAACUCUUCCAGAUAUGUCAUCAGGAUUGAUCAAGAUGGCCUAACUUUGCCAGAGAGAACGCUGUACUUAGGACAAGAUGAAGACAGCGAAAAGAUAUUGGCUGCUUACAAGAUUUUCAUGCAGAAGAUACUCAGUCUCUUAGGAGUGGAAGAUAUAGAGAAAAAAGUACAGGAAAUUCUGCAACUGGAGCAGGAUCUGGCCAAUAUCACCAUUUCAGAAUUUGAUGACAUCAGGCGCGACAUCAGCACCAUGUACAACAAGGUUACCAUACCUCAGCUUCAGCAAAUUGCCCCAGAUCUGAAGUGGAAACGCCUCCUGGACAGAAUAUUCCAUGAAAACUUUCCAGAGGAUGAGGAAGUUGUUGUACUGGCCACAGAUUACAUGCAGAAAGUGUCUGAUAUGAUACGAAGUACACCAGCAAGUGUCCUUCACAAUUACAUGCUCUGGAGACUUGUGGUGGCACUGAGUGAACAUCUCUCCACUCCCUUCCGAGAUGCCCUUCAUGACCUGUCUAAGGAGAUGGAGGGUUCAGAAAAGCAGCUAGAGCUGGUAAAAGUAUGCCUUACUCAAGCCAAUAAACACUUUGGAAUGGCGCUAGGAGCCCUCUUUGUAGAAGAAUAUUUCUCAUCAAACAGCAAGGGAAAGGUACAACAACUUGUUGAAGAUAUUAAACAUAUACUUGAUCACAGGUUAGAUGAACUGGACUGGAUGGACAAAGAGACCAAAGAAGCUGCAAGAACAAAGUUAAAACACAUGAUGGUCAUGAUUGGGUACCCAGAUUUCCUGUUGGAGCCAGAGGCCAAGGAUAAAGAAUAUGAAUUUGAUGUUCACGAAAAGACGUAUUUCCAGAAUAUCUUAAACAGUAUAAGGUACAGCAUCAAGCAGUCAGUGAAGAAGAUCCGUCAAGAAGUGGAUAAAUCUGCGUGGUUGCUUCCUCCCCAGGCCCUGAAUGCCUACUAUCUUCCUAACAAAAACCAAAUGGUGUUUCCUGCUGGGAUCCUGCAACCCACUCUCUACGAUCCAGAUUUCCCCCAGUCUUUAAACUAUGGAGGUAUAGGGACCAUUAUUGGACAUGAACUCACACAUGGUUAUGAUGACUGGGGUGGCCAGUAUGACUCAUUUGGGAACCUCAUCCACUGGUGGACAGAAGAAUCAUACAGCAAGUUCCUCAAGAAAGCAGAGUGCAUUGUGGAUUUAUAUGAAAACUUCACUGUUUACAAUCAGAGGGUAAAUGGAAGAUUAACAUUAGGUGAAAAUAUUGCAGACAUGGGUGGCCUUAAAUUGGCAUUUUUUGCAUACCAGAAGUGGGUAAGAGAAAACGGUCCAGAGCGCCCCCUUCCUCGUCUGAAAUACACUCAUGACCAACUCUUCUUCAUUGCUUUUGCACAGAACUGGUGUAUAAAGAGGAGAUCUCAGUCUAUUUAUCUUCAGGUCCUGACGGAUAAGCACGCUCCUGAACAUUACCGGGUUAUGGGCAGCGUCUCUCAGUUUGAAGAAUUUGGACGGGUAUUCCACUGCCCUAAGAAUUCCCCUAUGAACCCAGUUCAGAAAUGUUCUGUGUGGUGAUCCACAGCUUUGCUGAUGCCAGCUUUACAUCGUCCACAACACAAUUAAUUGUGUCUACAUCAGGACAAGAGUGUCUAAGUGUGCCUUCCCUCCCACUGACUCCAGAUUUCUGAGCCUCUUCAACUAUACCUGAACUGGUCAGUGGGUCAUU